UCCUCCGCCUCAUGGCUAGAGAUUCUCCCCACCGCGCAUGCGGGUCCCGCUUCGUUCGGCGGUCCGAGGCCGCCUCCGCAGCGAUGUCGGCGCGCGGCCCGUUCCGUAGCCCGCCCUCCUUCCCGGCGCCUCUGCGCUUCGGGCAGCCUGCCGUGUUCGGCCAGGGCAGCGGCCCUGCCGGCCUCCCCUUUACGUCCGCCGCCACCUUCGCGCCGCCCUAUGCACUGGGCCAGGCUCCGGCCCCGGCGGGGAAUGCGGGAUUCAGCUUCAGGCCGCCCACCAGCCUGGGCGGCUUCCCGACCUCCAGCGAGGCGUCGGGUGGCGGCGGCGGUGCCUUCGCCGCUCCUGAGUUCCACUUCAAGGCACCCGAGAGCGCCGCCGCCUUCAAGCCGAUGUCAGGCGGCGAGGUGGAGAAGGGCCCGGCUGCCCCCGCCGCCUUUGCUUUCUCGUCGCCCUUCGCCUUCGCCUCUGAGACGGGCCCCGAGGCGGCGGUGGCGCGGGAGCCUAUCUCGUUCUCACGUCCCGCCGCCGCUUUGGGGCGGCCGGAUGAGAGAGGUCUGAGGGCGCUGCCACAGGAUCCGGGGGAGCCGCCGUCCAAGGGGCUGAAGCGGAAGGAGGAGCGGGAGCGCUCGCCGCGGCGGGCGGCGGCGGCGGCGGGCGGGAGGGCGGCGGCGCCGCCGGAGAAGAGGGCGGUGGUGGUGAGCCGGCCCCGCGGCGGGAUCCUGUUCGGCCGCACGCUGGAGGAUCUGCUGCGCAGCCAGGCCCGCGAGCAGCGGGAGCGCGGGGACGGCCCCGAGACCGAGCGAGGACUUACCGAGGAGCCGCCGCCGGCCGAGGGCCGGGACCCCGCCCGAGAAGAUGCGGCCCCUACCGCCCCUGCUUGCCGAAGCCGCGGCAGCGAGAGCACGGAGGGGCUGGGGGUCCUGCCAGCCGCUGAGCUGACGGCUGUCCAGUGCAAGAACAUCCCUGACUACCUCAACGACCGGACUGUGCUGGAAAAACACUUUGGCCAGUUCGCAAAAGUUCGCCGGAUCAUGACCAGGCGUAAUAAAAAAAUGGCUGUUCUCCACUUUUUUGAUCAUGCUUCUGCAGUUCUUGCCAGAAAAAAAGCGAAAGAGUUGCACAAAGACAUAGUAACAUUUUGGCAAAAGAAGAAAACAAGUCCAGCAAAAAGAGAAUUUUCAUCCAAGGAGAAGAAAGCAGGUGAAGAUGAAGGAAGGCAAAGCAAUGAAGAGCAAAGCUAUCAGCAUUCCCCUCUUAGAAAACCUUUAAUAAGAUCUUCUGCUAGCAGCAUCAUGCCUGGGAGAAGUUCUCCAGCAAAGAAGCCUGGCCUUCGAAAAACGCUGCAGUUUGAAGCAGAGCUCUUUGAUUCCAGUUCUGAAGGGCAGAGCUCGGAGGGCUUGGGGCCUUCACUGUCAUCACUCAGUAACCUGGUGGGAUUGGUGGCUGAGACAUCUGAAGAAAGAUACAGGCUUUUGGACCAGAGGGACAAAAUCAUGCGACAAGCUCGAAUAAAAAGGACUGAUCUUGGCAAAGCAAAAACUGUUGUUGGUACUUGCCCAGAUAUGUGUCCUGAAAAGGAGCGUUACAUGAGGGAGACAAGAAGCCAGCUCAGCAUCUUUGAAUUGCUUCUAGGAACUGAUAAGGUGGAUCAUGCAGCAGCAAUCAAGGAAUAUAGCAGGUCUUCAGCAGAUCAGGAGGAACCUUUGCCCCAUGAACUGAGACCCUCUGAGGUGCUGAGCAUGACCAUGGACUAUUUAGUGACAAAUAUUAUGGAUCAAGGAGAAGGAAACUACCGAGAAUGGUAUGACUUUGUCUGGAACAGAACUCGUGGAAUAAGAAAGGAUAUAACCCAGCAACACCUCUGCAACCCGCUGAUGGUAUCUCUGAUUGAGAAGUGCACUCGCUUUCAUAUCCACUGUGCUCACCACUUGUGUGAAGAGCCCAUGUCCUCCUUUGAUGCUAAAAUCAACAAUGAGAACAUGACUAAAUGCCUGCAGAGCUUGAAGGAGAUGUAUCAGGACUUAGCUAACAAGGGGAUUUACUGCAAGAGUGAAGCUGAGUUCCGAGGUUAUAAUGUCUUGCUGAAUCUCAACAAGGGCGAUAUUCUCAGAGAAGUUCAACAAUUUCAUCCGGAGGUUAGAAACUCACCUGAAGUUAGAUUUGCAGUUCAAGCUUUUGCUGCACUAAACAGCAACAAUUUUGUGAGGUUUUUCAAGCUUGUGCAAGCAGCUUCCUAUUUGAAUGCCUGCCUCUUACACUGUUAUUUCAACCAGAUUCGUAAGGAUGGUCUCAAAUCCCUCAACAUUGCCUACACUGUGAGCACCCAGAGAAGUACAGCGUUCCCCUUGGACCACCUCGUCCGCAUGCUGCUCUUCAAAGACUGCGAGGAAGCAACUGAUUUUAUAAGUUACUAUGGCCUGAGUGUAUCAGACGGUGGUUACGUGGAGCUGAAUCGCUCGGCUUUCCUGGAGCCAGACGGAUUACCCAAACCACGGAAAUCCCUGUUUGUCAGCCAGAAGCUCACUGUCUCUGUUGGCGAGGUUGUGAAUGGGGGGCCCUUGCCCCCAGUGCCUCACCAUGUGCCUGUGUCCAGCUUCAACGGGCAGAACAAGUACAUUGGUGGAAGCACUUCCAUGGAUCAGGCCAGCAGUAGUCAAAAACCCAGUGUGGAAGCAACAGAAGGAAGAGUGGAAAGCAGAGGUGUGGAUUUAGAGGCCACAGCAGUGAGAGUGCAGUCCUCAUCUCAUCUUCUGCCCUCGCUGUUGCCUCGUCAGCUGGUGCCAGUCCUGCUCUCUGCACAGCCCAUCUCCCAGUCUGCUGCACAGCCUGAGCCUCCCCCUUCAAAGCCUCAGCCUGGUUACUCAGAUGAGGACAUUGCCGAAGUGGUGGAUGGGCUUGUGCAUGAUGUCCUCAAAGGAGAAUGCAGAGAAGUGGGCAGAGCAGGAGCAGCUUACGUGGCUGCUGCUAUCUGUGCCUCAGAGGCCACCGUUGAGGAACUUGUGACUGUGGUGAUGGGGGAGAUCCUCAGAGAAGUGGCUGGAAACAUGCUCAGUGUGGAAAGGCAGCGUGUUCAGGAGGAACAGCGCAGAGUGGAGGAGGAGAGGCAAAAGCAGGAAAGAGAAGAGUUAAUAAAGCAAUUGAGCCAGUUGCUGGGUAUGGAAUUAAUGGAAGAAGUAAUAAAGGAGAGUGUUAAAGAAGCUUCAGUCAAUGAGUUAAGAUGUGCCUUAGAAAGAGACCAGCAAGCCCGGAUUGCCCGGUGUUCAGAAGAAGUGUGUGGCCACUUCAUGGUGCUCUUUCUGGAGGAUGAGAUUUUCCAGAUUGCCAAGGAAACCCUUCAGGAGCUCCAGUGUUUCUGCAAAUACUUAAAACGGUGGAGGGAAGCAGUGGCAGCUCGGACAAAGUUGAAACGUCAGAUGAGGGCAUUUCCAGCUGCUCCCUGUGGCUUGGAUUCCAAACAUCAACUGAAAGCACUGUCCCCCAGUGCAGAGUGGCCUAUAGCCAUGGAGAACUUAUGCAAGAGAUUUGUAAACCUGGGGAAUGGAGGAAAGCUAGGAAUCUCUUGCACGAGAUUGAACUUGCUGAGAAACAAGACAGUGCAUGAAAUUAAAGUUCAGCACUUCUACCAGCAGUUGGUAAGUGAUUUAGCUUGGACUCCCCUGGAUCUUGUCUCAUUAAUCAUGGAACGUAUUCCAGUUCAACAAGAACAGGUUUUUUGGAAGGCACUCUUGGUUUUGCCCAGUGAUGAUGAAUAUUCCAAGGAUGAUCCCAAUAGGAUACUGAUGGAUUGGCUGAAAGCCAAGUUUAUGGGACACAGAAGCGAUGAGAAAAAUGCUUCACAUACAAAAGGCAAAAUUCAAACACUGACGUUAUUUAGUUCUCCUGGCAUGCAGGGGACCCGAAGCAUUAAAGUCAGUGUGUGUAUAAAGGUGGCACAUGGUGCGCUCUCUAACUCAGAGCUUGAUUUGGCUGAGACACAAAAGGACUUGCUUGGGACCAGUGGCCUCGUUCUUCUCCUGCCCCCCCGAGUUAGCAGUGAAGAUGUUGCAGAAGAUGAUGUUUACUGGCUUUCAGCUUUACUGCAGCUGAAACAGCUGCUUCAGGCCAAACCUUUUCACCCUAUAGUUCCCUUGGUGGUUCUAGUCCCCAGUCAGAAAGAGGAGGCUGUGGAGAAAGAAGUAGAAGAUGGUUUGAUGCUCCAGGACUUGAUUUCAGCCCAUCUUAUUUCAGACUACACCGUUGUAGAGCUCCCAGGCUCUGUCAAUGACUUAGAAGGCACCAGAAGGGUCUCUGCAGCUGUGGGUUGGCUGGUGUCCCACUGUCCUGCCUCCCUUGAGCUCUGCAGCCAGACCCUUCAGGAGUACAUUGAGGAUGGGAUUGAUGGAGAAUUUGGCAAGCGUUUCUACCAUGACUGGAAGGAGAGGCGUUCAGCUGGGCUGCCAUCCCAGGAGCCUGGGGUCAUCAUAGAGCUUUACAACAGUGUGCUGCAGUUCCUGUCAGAUGUGGCAUCCUCAGAGCACUUUUAUGACUUGUCUUGGCCUGUCACAGAGUUUUCAGAAGCAGGGGGUAACAAGAUGUUGCCCCACCUGCAGUGGAACAUGCCAGAUCACCUGGCUUGGUUGAAGAAGGCUGUCCUGUCCUUCCAGAUCCCAUACCUAGAUCUGCCUCCUUUAGGCGCUCCUUGGCGUCCUGUUUGCCACAUGAUUUUUCAGUAUGUCUCUCAGAUUGCAAAUUCUUCCCACACUCAACCACUGAUCCAGUCUCAGGUGGAGAAUCUGUUGAGCAAAACUUACCAAAACUGGAAAACCAGAACAACUGGGAACUCUGAUGAAGAUGGACCUUCUGUUGAUGAGAUCCCUUGGGAUUGUAUCUUGGCAGUCUGUAUUGAUCAUAAACUGAGAGACUGGAAACCACCCAAACUGCCUGUUGCUCCAGAAGCUAUAAGCAAAGAUGGUCAGAUUCGCGUGUACUUCUUCAAGGGGCAUUUAAAGAACUACAGCGUGCCUUUCUCAUGGGAUCAAGCCAGGCUGCGGACACAGGAGGAGAUCCGGCAAGGCCACGAGAGAUCAAAGAUAAAAUCUCCCAAGUCUUUUAAGAAACCCUGCAGUAUCUCCGUGGUGCCAGGUCAGUAUGGCUCUGGCAUGAGCAUGCUGCCAGGUCAGGAAGUGAGCAUUCCCAGUACAGAUGAAUUCAGAGACACAUCUUUGGCCCAGCAGCAUCUGUUGGCACAGUUGCAACUGGAAAAAGUAGAAAACAAGAGGGGAACAGUCCAGGAUGGUAGAAAUUCUUGGAGUUGUCAGGAAUGGUUGGAAACUCUGUGGUCAGUCAUGCCACCAGAACUGAAGCAGUACAGUGGUCUGUGUGUCCCCAGUGUCACGAAUGUCUAUAAAGUCAUCUCUGGAAUGUCAGUUUGUAGCAAUGAAGAUCACAAAGAUGAAGAACUAAAGCUUUUGAGGUUUGAAGAGCAGCUGCACCAGUAUCUAGCUGAGGAUAUGGAGCCCCUUGGGGAUCUCCUGGGUCUUCCUCUCUACCUCCCUCAGUCUCUGCUCUCCACCCCAGCUGCCACCUGCCCCUUGGUGAAGAGUCCCAUGUCAGCUGCUCAAGAGGCUGGGAGUCAGGAGGAGCACAAGAUUCCAGAGCUGGAGCAAAGCUCUGCGCUGUCGGACAGACUCAAACACCUGCAGCAGCUCCUCAGAGCCACCAAGGAGGCUGAAGCUGCCUCUGAGCUCCAUCUCUCUGCUCUGGUGGACAUGGUGGACAUUUGAGCAAAGCUGAGACAUGGAGACUCAGAAAAGAAGUCCAGGUCCAGGUGAUUGAACAGAUGCACUCCUAGGCAUGUUCCAGAACAAGCAGGUGUUCUCCUGGGAUGAGAACAUGGAGCAGCUAUGGGGCCUGGGCCCUUCUCAUAUGACAGCAGGGCACAGGGCGAGCGUGCCAUGGAUGGUCUGGGACUCCCUCCUUUUCUGCUCCACAGGCACAGAGACAAGUCAAAUGCUUUUUCUUGGAAGGCCUUAAAUGACAGUGGUGGUUUUUCUUUCUCCCAGCUCUCAUUGUGGGUAAACACACCUUCAUUGGGUUCAGCUGUAGGGUAGCACAGGCCACUAGGAAUAUUGGAGCAAUUUCUGUCCACAGCCACAGUCUCUGAAAUGUUAUGUCAGUCUGUGCUUCCUUCAUGCAGGAACUGCCUUGCAGCAGCACUGUGGUUUGAAAUUCCUGUUCUGUUUCUAGGAAUGUCAAAACGCUUAUUCUCAAGUUGGAGCAGCAUGAUUUUUGUACUCAUUGCUCAGUGCAGAUCCAGAAGGAUUUUUGUUGUCCUGGACCCAAGUUCUAUUUUAUUCAAUGUUUUCAGCAUUAAAAAUAGGUGAGGUGAUUAUUCCACAAAUUCCAUGUCAUGCUGGAAAACAGGAUGCUUCCUUCAGUCAUCAGAAUAAUAGCUAUGGAGAAACAAUUUUCCUUUGUUUUUGGAAGAGCAAAUAGCCAGCAUUCUCAAGCACUUAAAAACUUUUUGAAGUUGAAGGCCCUUGGUUUUGGUUUAAUUCCCAGUAAAUAAUUUGAAGAUGUACUUCAUGUCUGCAGUACUCCUAUAUAGUUCAUCUUUUUCUUAUAAAACCAGCCAAUUUUUCUCAAACAGAGCCUUCUGCCAGAUUGAAUAUAAAUAACUGCACUAAACUGAUUAUCUUGCGUGCCCAACCCAGGUUGAAAUCCUCAGUAGUCUGAAACUGUCAAUUGCCUUCCAAAAAAGUGAUUUUACAGUUCUUUAAAACAGCAUUUAAUUUGUAGUAUUUCUCUUAAACCCAAAAUAGCAAUAGUAGCUUAAUGCUAAGUUGAAAUAAAUUUAAAUUGGAAAGGGUGUGCUUUAAGACUCUUCCUGCUCCAUGUGCUUUUGUUGGGCUGAGUUUUGUUGUUUAACUGGUUCUAUGUGAAGGGAAGCCUGUGCUCUGCUUUUGAUGUUCUCAGUUUAUGUGAAAUUCAGCCGUCAAAAUCCAACAGAGCUUUGGGAGCGUGGCUUAUACUAUUUGCUGUAAAUUGUGUUUUGUACCUAAUAAAAUUUUUCGUGGCUUGAAA